UCAAACUGAGACUAUAACGUAAGGGACAUCAAAAUCAGCAAAUAUUGUUUCUAUUUCGCAUGGAGCUGAGGAAGAUUUUCCUUUUUGUUUUCGCCACUUACAUAGUUAUUAAUUCAUUAGAACAAGAAAAAUGGUCAAGGAAUGAGGGCAUGAAUGAUGUCUACACUGAUUUGUCCAUCCAAUCUUACUACUCAGGCGUCGCAUGCUUAGAAUGUGCCAUGAAGACCGCACGCGAGAAUCGUAGAGCAUUCUCAUGUCACAAUGGCAGAGAGAUCUGUGUGAUAUUCGGUCUUUGUCAUGUCAAGAGUAUCCUUCCAUCGUGGGAUUGUUAUCCUGAAGAAGGUUGGAGAUAUUUCUGUAAAGAAGUGCGUCUCAUAAUAAGUAAAAAAUCUUCUUGGAUUCAAACAGGAAUAUCCCUAGCAAGAAGAAAUUCAAUUCGAUUCAAAGUAAAGGUAUCCAGUGAUGCAGAUGUGGCUCUGUCGUCUGGUAACUCAACCGCGGACCCCGCGUAUUAUAUCAUAAUCGGAGGUCAUAGCAAUACAAAAUCAUGUAUCAGAGUCGAAUUAUCAAUAGGUGCAACUUGCUAUUCGACAUAUCAGGGGUCUAUUUUGAGUGGAUCGGAGUAUAAACGACUUCUGGAUCACAUGGACAAAUAAUCGCAUUCGCGUGGGUACUGGCAAUGUUAUUGGGAUCAGUGUAAUCAUGGACCACACUUUUGUUAAUGCCUAUUCAAUCAACUCCCUCAUGGUCAGGAACGCAUAUACGGCGACAAGUUGGUGGAUAAUAUACUUAUAAACACAGCUGAGAAAAAGAGAUUAAUAUGCGCAUAUAUGAUUCAUUCUGUAAAGGAAGUAAAACUUUUUUCAAACCAGUAAACUAAUUGUUCAGAGAACAAUUAGAGGUCUUUCCACCUUUUUAAGUGUU